CCGGGAAUCUACAGCGGGAAAGAAACAAGAGCAGAAAGACUUCUCUUGUGUUGGGAAAUUCCGAGGCACAGUUCCACGUGUAAUAUUCUGAAACAUGGAAACGCCAAGAUUGGAAGGUGGAAGAAUUAAUUUGGAUGCCCCUCGUUAUGACCAAUCAACGUUUCUUGGACGUGCUAAACACUUUUUCACAGUUACCGACCCAAAGAAUAUUUUGCGUUCAGCGAAAGAACUUGAUGAUGCAAAAGAACUUCUUCUAAAGUACAGGCAGAAAAAAGAACCUGCUGGAACCACUGAUGCUCAAAUAUGGACUGCUAAGAAAGUCUAUGAGUCAGCUUUCCAUCCUGAUACAGGAGAUAAAAUGUUCAUUAUUGGACGAAUGUCAGCACAAGUACCAAUGAACAUGUCAAUAUGUGGUUGUAUGUUGACAUUUUACAAGAGCACGUCAGCUGUUCUCUUCUGGCAGUGGAUCAAUCAGUCAUUUAAUGCAGUAGUGAACUACACAAACCGGAGCGGCGACUCACUAAUAACAAAUGAACAGUUGGGAAUGGGAUAUGCAUUUGCCACAACAGGAGCUGUUGCUGUUGCCUUGGGAUUAAACCACUUGACUAAGUCAGCUCCACCUUUGAUUGGUAGAUUUGUUCCAUUUGCUGCUGUUGCUGCAGCAAACUGUGUGAACAUUCCUCUUAUGCGACAAACGGAGUUAUUGAGGGGAAUUCCUGUAACUGAUGAAGAUGGAAACAGAAUUGGAGAAUCAAAGGCUGCAGCACGGAAAGCCAUAGGAAGUGUUGUGUUUUCCAGAAUAGUUAUGGCAUCUCCUGGAAUGUCUAUCCCACCAAUUAUAAUGAACUAUCUAGAUACAAAGCCAUUUAUGAAGCGGUGGCCAAUUUUAGCUUCUCCAAUUCAAGUUGGAUUAGUGGGAUUGUGCUUGGUGUUUGCAACUCCCCUGUGUUGUGCAAUCUUUCCACAAAAGAGCUCUAUAGCAGUCUCAAAACUUGAACCUGAACUUCAAGAAAUCAUCAAACAAAGAGGAGGAACUCCACUGAAAUAUGUGUACUUCAACAAGGGACUUUGAAUCAUGAUAUUACUAUUAAUUUAUUAAGAGGAAUUGAUUAGAAUUUAUGUGCAAUUGUUGUGUGCAUCUUAUAGCAUGCUAACAAUUUUUUAAUCACCCUGUGUAUCAAGUGAAUUUUGGUAUACCUUCUGUAAGGUUCAAUUGCAAUAAACUUUUAAAUCAACUACAUUAGAGAUAUGUUGAAGUGACCAUAUAAUUUUUAUCUCCACCUAAAUUGCAAGUUUCCAAAGAGUUGCCUGGUAACCUUUUGAAAAUUGUGUCUGACUGUUUUAAAAUUUGGGCUGUUGGUAGCCCCAUUUGACAUCUUGUCCAGCUAUGAAUUUUCAUCCACACAAUGUGGUUUCUGUCAUGCAGGUUGAACUCCUCAGUGCCAUGUCAUUGUGGCCAGGUUACCAAAGUUUUUUUCUCCAAAGUGAUAUCUUCCAUAAUUAAAUUUUUUGUGCAUUUGAAGACAACUAACAACAGGUUUUGCAACUCUUUGGAAUCUCAAACAAGGAGUAAUAGUAAAUUUUAUGAAAUGUAUUAGAUGGUAGAAAUAGAAAACAUAUUUUUCUGCAGCAUACAUAUUCAAUAAUUCAUAUCUUAAUUUGUGAAUUUUUCACUUCAUGAAUUCAUCCUAUUUAAGUCACAAAGAUAAGUUAUUAGAAGAAAUAAGAUAUUUUUCAUGGUCUUGGUCUCAAGCAUUGGGAAUUUAUGCAAUGUUGUAGGAUUUUCUAAAUUUUUGAGGGAAUUUAACCCUGUAACUCCCAAGAUCUACUUGUUAAUUCUCCUCUCCAGCUGCUACACAUUUCCUUGUUGAUUAGUUACGAGAAUUUGGUGUUAGAUCAAGAUAACAACUUCUAACUGAUAAGUUUGAGUAUUCUUAUUACCUGUUUGCUGAACAGUGUGUGGAUAUUAUAGGGAGAAGUUACAUGUUAAUCGCUUUUGGGGGCUUAAUGGUUAAGCAUAUGUGAAUGUGUGUUCAUGUUAAUAAAAAUAUGGGAGUUAAAAUUUUAUAUACUAUAAAUUAAUUUCGUGGUGAGUGACAGUUUUUUAUAUUAUCAAUGGUAAUUCAGUUUCAUUCGUGGAAUUUGGUUUUUUGCAAUUAUUAACAUCAUAAAGAACCAGGAAUUUAAAUUAAUUGUGUCAAAAAAAAUAUGCACUGGUAUCCUUUGUGUAACAAACAUGAUAACAUUUUAAAGGAGGUAAAUUUCUGAAUAAACCGUGGUGCUGUGCCAGUGGGAGGGUAUAACAGGGUAAUUUGGUAUUAUCAACAUUAUCAACUGAGUCAAUAAAAAAAAUUGGCCUUUGUAAAGAGUUUCUUUAUGGUGAAGAGGGUUUUGAAACUCUUUACAGUGGCCAAUUUAUGUUAACUCAGUUGAUAAUAGCAAAUUAACUGUUAAUCAUGUUCAUAAUUA